CGGAAAUGCGUCAAGGGGACUCUUAAUUUGUUUUACUAUUAUCGUAAUGGCGGAGCACACGGAGGUAGAAGGCAUUGGCCUGGCCGCUAACAGCAUGACCCAGCAGCCAGCACUGCGUUUCCCUGCCACUGCACCUCCAUCUGCCAGCACCUCCACCCGCAGGCAGCCUUUACUGAGCACCCCUGUGCCUCCCUUUGCUAUGAUGAGGGGACCUCCACCCGCUGCCCGACCGCCCUUCGGACGGAUCCCCUUUGACCCCAGUGUGCCCCCUCCAAUGGGUGCCCCACCUUUACAGAGACCCCCGUUCAUGCCUCCGCCCGGAGGAUCCAUGCCACCUCCACCUGGCAUGAUUUUUCCUCCAGGAAUACAACCUACAGCCUCUCCUGCACCUGCUCCUACUCCUAGUCCUCCUUCCCUGCCCUCUACAGAAGAGAUCUGGGUGGAGAAUAAGAGUCCAGAUGGAAAGGUGUAUUAUUACAAUGCACGUACAAGGGAGUCGUCCUGGACGAAGCCUGAAGGCGUGAAGGUGAUCCAGCAGGCUGAGUUGGGUCCAAUGAUGCUGAGCCAGGCAGCGGCGGCGGCAGCAGCAGCCAGUGGAGCUUCCACCGGGCCCGGUCCUUCCAUCAGCCUCCCAGCUUCAGUCACUACAGCCACACUCACCUCCCAGAGCCCCUCCACAUCCAUGAGCUCCAUUUCCUCUCCCAGCAUCACAGCAGUCUCACCUCUCCUCCCAACACCUGUAUCAGCCCCUGACAUAGUGGAGAUGCCGUCAGUUGUAACCACAACCCCCAGUCCUAUGGCAACCCCAAUUGCAGCUGUUAAUCCGCCAACGGUUACGGUCUCCAUGACUGCAGGACCUCCACCUCUGCCGGUGGCAUUGUCUCAUACUGUGCCACAGCCCACUGCUCCAAUGCAAGGGUUCCCUCCUGUCAUGGUACCACCCUUCAGAGUGCCCCUGCCUGCCAUGCCCAUUCCCCUGCCCGGUAUGCUUCAUGGCAUGGCACCACCUUUAGUACCCAUGAUGCCCCAUCAAAUGGCGAUGGCCGGGCCUUCAGGACUGUCUGGAGCUCUGAGUACAUCCGAGUGGUCUGAGUUCAAAACCCAAGAGGGAAAGUCCUAUUACUACAAUAAACACACACAGGAGACCACCUGGGACAAACCAGAAGAGCUCAAAGAGACAGAAAAAGAGAGUGAGAAGAUCAAGGAUGCAGCUGUUGACAUGAUUGAUGCUGAAAUCAUGGACAUGGAAGAUGAAAGCCCAAAAAUCCACCCACCAAAAGAGCAGAAAGAGGAGCUGAAAGAUGAAGAGAUGACAGAGGAACAGAAGGCAGCGAAAAAAGCAAAGCCUGUAGCAACCACGCCUAUUCCUGGCACGCCAUGGUGUGUGGUGUGGACGGGCGACGAGCGGGUGUUCUUUUAUAACCCCACCACACGUCUGUCCAUGUGGGAGCGACCAGAGGAGCUGGUGGGGCGGGUUGACGUAGAUAAAGCGAUUCAGGAACCUCUGCACAAAAGAGGCCUGGACAACAGCCACAAAAUGGUGUUGGCUAAAGAGGAACAGGAGUUUGCUAUUGCAGAUGACAUACCGGAUGAUGAACCCAGUAAGGCCAAGAAACGAAAGAUAGAGGAGAAGAAAGAGGUCGACUCGGAAAGGGAGGCAGCCAUGGAGGCUGAGCUGAAGGCAGCGCGCGAGAGAGCCGUGGUACCUCAGGAAGCUCGGAUGAGUCAAUUUAAAGACAUGCUGCUCGAGCGAGGGGUUUCUGCAUUCUCUACCUGGGAUAAGGAGCUUCAUAAGAUUGUAUUCGAUCCACGUUAUCUGCUGCUCAAUCCUAAAGAGAGGAAACAGGUGUUUGAUCAGUAUGUGAAGACACGUGCUGAGGAGGAGAGGAAAGAGAAAAAGAAUAAAAUCAUGCAGGUCAAAGAUGACUUCAGGAAAAUGAUGGAGGAGGCUAAACUUGGUGUCAGAACAACUUUCAGUGAGUUUGCUGCCAAACAUGCCAGGGAUUCACGUUUUAAGGCCGUUGAAAAGAUGAAAGACAGAGAAGCCAUUUUCAUCGAAUUUAUGACCGCCUUCAGAAAGAAAGAGAAAGAGAACUCAAAGAACCGUGGGGAGAAGGUAAAGCAAGACUUUUUUGAGCUCCUGUCAGAUUACCAUGUGGAUGGUCAGCAGCGCUGGAGCAAAGUGAAGGAAAAGAUGGAGACUGACCCUCGUUAUAAGGCUGUGGAAACCUCUGCAGCUCGAGAGGAACUCUUCAAGAACUAUGUGGAGCGUCUGGCCAAGAAUCCAAACUCUGAGAAAGAGAAAGAGCUAGAGAAACAGGCCCGGAUAGAGGCCAGUCUGAGGGAAAGAGAGCGGAUGGUGCAGAGAUUCCGCUCGGAGCAAACCAAAGAGAUUGACCGUGAGAGAGAGCAGCACAAAAGGGAGGAGGCCGUGCAGCAUUUUAAAGCACUCAUGUCUGAUAUGGUAAAGACACCUGAUGCCGCCUGGUCAGACACGCGUCGUAGCCUGAGGAAGGAUCAUCGCUGGGAGUCAUCCUCAUUGCUGGAGAGGGAUGAGAAAGAGAGGCUCUUCAAUGAACACAUUGAGGCUCUUGCAAAGAAGAAAAAGGAGCAUUUUCGCCAACUUCUGGACGAAACGACCUCGAUCACUUUGAUGACGUCAUGGAAGGAAGUGAAGAAACUCAUUAAAGAAGAUCCGAGAUGCAUCAAGUUUUCAAGCAGUGACAGAAAAAGACAGAGGGAGUUUAGUGAUUACGUUAAAGACAAGUACAUCACGGCCAAAGCAGACUUCAGAACUCUCCUGAAAGAGACCAAGUUCAUCACCUACAAAUCACACAAGUUGAUGCAGGAGUCAGAGCAGCACUUGUCGGACAUUGAGAAGAUCUUGGAAAAGGAUAAAAGGUAUCUGGUUCUGGACUGUAUGUCAGAAGAGAGGCACAAACUUCUUAUGGGAUAUGUGGAGGAGCUAGACCGCAGGGGACCACCUCCUCCUCCCACUGCCUUUGAACCUGCUCGACGCUCCACUAAAUGAUAUCACACACACCUCCCAGAUAUUGUCCCACACUACCACCGUUCACAUUAUAGACUCUCAGAAACCUAAAGAUAAAUCACUCCAGUCCAAAGGUUCUACUUGUCAAACCUUUGAAAGUGAAUGGUACAUACCUACUUGCCCCCUCAUGCCAUAAAGAAGAUCAUGGGAUAAUGACCAAUCAAAUCAGCUGAGUAUAAGACACAGAAUACGUAUUUGGACCAACUGGAAUUUUUUUUUUUUUAAUGAUGCAUUUCAAUGUCAUCUCCAUAACGAUCCACAGUAUUUUUAUGUCCUUAUCCAACUCGUUAUCUGUCCAGUCUGAAGGGAUAAAUCCACAUUAGAUGCUAAAUGGUGAUUGUAGAGAAUCGGUCUCGUGUUUGGGUAACUGUCCUGAACGUCUUCUGGAGGUAUCGCCACCUGGUGCCUGUCGACCCUUUUUUUUCCCUCCCGCCACGGUCUCAAAUCACAAACCUCAAUUCAGUUUCACAUUUCACACUUUUGCUCCAAACUGUUUAGAAACUGUGAUUUGAUGAAAUUGGGAGAACCUCCCGGUUUUGUGAACAUUUUUUGGUGACUUAAGUCACCCACAGGGAUAUUCAAGAAUUAUGAAAGCAUCUCUGUGUAUGUCAUUU